GCUAAUCUAUGUCAGUCCGGCAGAGCCCUGUGAGAAAGCAACGCUGCGGGUCUGAAGCGACGCUGCGAAACACACACUCACACACACACCGGCCGGACGGACGAUGAUGAUGGCAAAGCCUGACCGCGGCUUCUUCAUCUAACCUUGUGCAGAGCAGCACCGGGAGGACGCUGAACCCCGAACUGAAGGAAUGUGCCGUCUCUGACACGCUGUAGUAAAGUCCCAUCAGGAGGUCAGCUCAGAUGCUGGAGGCUCUGCUGCCAAGUUUACGCACCGAAUCUGCGAUCACUCGCCGCGAUGAAGGUUUUGAAUGAAUGACGCCACCGCCGCCGCUUAACAGGUUCCGUAGCCACAUGUACCGGAGGAACUAGUGAAUGUAAAGGCUGCAGAAGCAUCACCGAGAAACGAAGCUUUGUCCACACACAGCAUUUGGAAACAUUUUUUGGUUGGACUGUGGAUGUGAGUGUAGCGCGUCAGUUAAAGCCUGAAGACAGACAGACAGCUGGAGGGGGGACAGGAGGACCGGGAGAUCCAGUUUAAAUGAAGAGAAACAUGUGAAGACCCUUGUGGAGAUUUGACCUGCAAGUUAGCCUUCAACAACAAAAAGGCGAAGGUCUCCUCCCUUCUUCCCCUCAUCCGUUCUCUCCGCUUCCUCUGCAGUUUCCUCGCAGGCCCGUUAAACAUGGAGGGCCGGCAGGCUACGCGCAGGACUUUAUCACCUGACCCCAAAGUAGGAGCUGUAGCUUCUCUGCUAGGCUUCUGGCUCUUAGCGAUCCCUGCUUUGUGCAGUGGGCAGACAUUCACUAGUUUCCACCCUGAACGUCGGGACUGGGUCUUUAACCACCUGACGGUUCACCAGACCACAGGAGCGUUGUAUAUUGGAGCAGUAAACCGUGUGUACAAGCUGUCAGGCAAUCUGACCCUCCUUGUUUCCCAUGAUACAGGCCCAGAGGAUGACAACAAGGCCUGCUACCCCCCUCUGAUAGUCCAGCCCUGCUCUGAGCCCCUCGUCUCUACUAACAAUGUCAACAAGCUUCUCCUGAUUGAUUAUUCCCAAAACCGCUUGCUGGCCUGUGGCAGCCUGUACCAGGGUGUCUGUAAACUGCUCAGAUUGGAUGACCUUUUUAUCUUAGUGGAGCCCUCCCACAAGAAAGAGCACUACCUCUCUAGCGUCAACCAGACAGGGACCAUGUAUGGGGUUAUUGUGCCGUCACAGGGACAGGAUGGCACCCUAUUUAUUGGCACAGCAGUAGAUGGAAAACAGGACUAUUUUCCCACCAUCUCUAGUCGAAAGCUGCCCCGUGACCCAGAAUCCUCUGCGAUGCUCGACUACGAAUUGCACACUGACUUUGUGUCCUCUCUCAUCAAGAUCCCAUCAGACACACUGGCCCUGGUCUCCCACUUUGACAUCUACUAUGUUUACGGCUUUGCCAGCGGCAGCUUUGUUUACUUCCUGACUGUGCAGCCCGAGACGCCGGAGAACAGCAUGUCAUCGAGCGGAUCCACCAGCGACCUCUUCUACACCUCUCGCAUCGUCCGCCUCUGCAAAGACGAUCGCAAGUUCCACUCCUAUGUCUCUCUGCCCGUUGGCUGUGUGAAGAACGGCAUUGAGUACCGCCUGCUGCAGGCCGCCUACCUCGGCAAACCAGGUCGCGUUCUUGCCGCCUCGCUCAACAUCAGUGCCCAGGAUGACGUGCUCUUCACCAUCUUCUCUAAGGGCCAGAAGCAGUUCCAUCGCCCACCGGAUGACUCGGCGCUCUGCGUCUUCACCAUCCGAGACAUCAAUGCGCGGAUCAAGGACCGUCUGCAGUCCUGCUACCAGGGGGAAGGGAACCUGGAGCUCAACUGGCUGCUUGGGAAGGAUGUGCAGUGCACCAAAGCGCCGGUGCCCAUUGACGACUCUUUCUGUGGUCUGGACAUCAACCAGCCGCUUGGUGGCUCCCAGCUGGUGACUGGUCACACUCUCUACACCGAGACUCGGGACCGCAUGACCUCCGUCACCUCCUACGUUUACAAUGGCUACUGUGUGGCCUUUGUGGGCACUAAGAGUGGACGCCUAAAGAAGAUUCGUGUCGACGGGCCUCCUCAUGGCGGCGUCCAGUACGAGACGAUAUCGGUCAUCAAGGACGGCAGCCCUGUCCUGCGAGAUAUGGCCUUCUCCCUGGACCGCAACUACCUCUACGUCAUGUCUGAGAGACAGGUCACCCAAGUUCCCAUCGAGUCAUGUGAGCAGUACGGGACCUGUGGAGAGUGUUUGAGCUCGGGGGACCCACACUGCGGCUGGUGUGUCCUGCAUAACAUCUGCUCUCAGAGAAACCGCUGUGAGCGUGCAGACGAGCCGUACCGUUUUGCCGCCUCCCUCAACCAGUGUGUGAAGGCCACUGUGUACCCAGACAGCAUUGCGGUGUCCGAGCCCAGUGUACCUCUGCUGGUGAAGGUGAGCCACGUUCCAGACCUUUCUGCCGGCAUCACCUGUUCCUUUGGCAACCUGACGGAGGUGGAGGGGCAGGUCAACGGCAACCAGAUACUCUGUGUGUCUCCUGCUGCCAAGGACGUCCCCCUAAUCCCCACUGACCAAGAUUGGUCAGGCGUUGAGCUGAGGCUCAACUCAAAGGAGACCGGUCAGAUGCUUAUCAGCACAGAGGUCAAGUUUUACAACUGCAGCGUCCACCAACUGUGUCUGUCAUGUGUGAACAGUGCCUUCCGCUGCCACUGGUGCAAGUACCGCAACUUGUGUACCCAUGACCCCUCCAGCUGUUCCUUCCAGGAGGGACGAGUCAACGCCUCUGAGGACUGUCCCCAGCUGGUGCGCUCUGAGGAGAUCCUGAUCCCAGCGGGGGAGGUGAAGCCUAUCACCCUGAAGGCCAGGAACCUUCCCCAACCCCAGUCUGGCCAGCGAGGCUAUGAGUGUGUCCUCCACAUCCAGGGGGUCAGCCACCGAGUCACCGCCCUCCGUUUCAACAGCUCCAGCGUGCAGUGCCAGAACAGCUCGUAUCUGUACGAGGGAAUGAAAAUCAGUGAGCUGCCUGUGGAUUUCUCGGUGGUGUGGAACGGCAACUUCAUAAUUGAUAACCCGGAGAAUAUCCAAGUGCACCUGUACAAGUGUGCAGCCCAGCGGGACAGCUGCGGCACGUGUCUGAAAGCAGAGAGGAAGUUCCAGUGCGGCUGGUGCAGCGGAGAGGGAAGGUGCACCCUGCGGCAUCACUGCCCCCCCAUCAAUCCUUACACCACCCGCUGGCUGAAUCUGUCCAGUAAGAACGUCAAGUGCACCAACCCACGCAUCACUGAGGUGACCCCAGUGGCUGGACCGCCGGAGGGAGGCACACGGGUGACCAUCCAUGGCACCAACCUCGGUCUGGCCUUCUCGGACAUGGUGGGCAAUGUGGAGGUGGCGGGGGUGAGGUGCACCCCUGUGGAGGACGGCUACAUCAUCGCUGAACAGAUUGUAUGUGAGAUGGACGCUGCCCAUGCAGACAGCAGACCUGGUCCAGUCCAGCUGUGUGUUGGAGAGUGCAGACCAGAACUGAGGGCCCGCUCCUCGCAGCACUACUCCUUUGUGACUCCCACAGUCACAGGUCUGUCCCCGAGCAGAGGUCCAGAGUCUGGGGGCACCAAAGUAACCAUAAUGGGAGAAAACCUCGGCGCCGGCAGCAGUGUCAACGUUCAGUUUGGAAACCAGACAUGCGAGUUCUUUGGACGGACCAUGACAGAGAUCGUGUGCUACUCUGCCCCUUCCCUGUCUGGCGUCGGCCAAGUACAGAUCAGCGUGAGCGUGGACCAUGCCCAAAUCAGGGAGAGCCUCACCUUCGAGUACAUAGAAGACCCCACCGUCCAGCGCAUUGAGCCAGACUGGAGCAUUGCAAGUGGCCACACCCCCUUGAUGGUGACAGGGACCAAUCUGGACGUGGUUCAGGAGCCCAGGAUCCGAGUCAAAUACGCCGGCCGAGAGUCUGUCAACGUGUGUAAAGUGCUGAACACCACCAGUAUGAGCUGCUUCGCUCCCUCCCUCAUGGCAGAGUACAAUCCAGGUUUGGACACAGUGAAGCACGCGGACGAGUUUGGGUUUAUCUUCAACAACGUCCAGGCGCUGCUGGUCUACAACAACACCAACCUCCUCUACUACCCAAACCCUUACUUUGAGCCCCUCAGCACCUCUGGUGUCCUGGAGCAGAAACCAGGAUCACCCAUCAUUCUCAAGGGCAGAAACCUGGUUCCCCCAGCGUCAGGAGGGGUGAAGCUUAACUACACCGUGCUGAUCGGAGAGACUCCGUGCUCCGUCACCGUGUCUGAGAGCCAGCUCCUGUGUGAGCCGCCCAACCUCACGGGACAAUACAAAGUCAUGGUUCAAGUAGGUGGUCUUCACGUCUCUCCUGGCGCAGUCCACAUCAUGUCUGACAGCCUGCUGACCCUCCCGGCUAUUGUCAGCAUCGCUGCUGGUGGAGGCCUCCUCCUCAUCAUCGUCAUCCUCGUCCUCAUUGCCUACAAGAGAAAGUCACGCGAAAAUGACCUCACCCUGAAGCGCCUGCAGAUGCAAAUGGACAACCUGGAGUCACGAGUGGCCCUGGAGUGCAAAGAAGCUUUUGCCGAGCUGCAGACAGACAUUAAUGAGCUGACCAGUGACCUGGACAGAGCCGGCAUCCCCCAUCUGGACUACAGAACGUACGCUAUGAGGGUGCUCUUCCCCGGCAUUGAGGAUCAUCCUGUCCUCAGAGAACUGGAGGUGUCAGGCAAUGGCCAGCAGAAUGUGGAGAAGGCCCUGAAGCUGUUUGGCCAGCUCAUCAACAACAAGGUGUUCCUGCUCACCUUCAUCCGAACACUGGAAAUGCAGCGUUCUUUCUCCAUGAGGGACCGCGGCAACGUGGCCUCACUUAUCAUGACAGCCCUGCAGGGGCGACUGGAGUACGCCACCGACGUCCUUAAACACCUGCUGUCAGACCUCAUCGACCGCAACCUGGAGAGCAAGAACCACCCCAAACUGCUGCUGCGCAGAACAGAGUCGGUCGCUGAGAAGAUGCUUACAAACUGGUUCGCCUUCCUCCUUCACAAAUUCCUCAAGGAGUGUGCCGGGGAGCCUCUGUUCAUGCUGUACUGCGCCAUCAAGCAGCAGAUGGAAAAGGGGCCCAUUGACGCCAUCACUGGAGAGGCCCGCUACUCCCUCAGUGAAGACAAGCUCAUCCGCCAGCAGAUCGAGUACAAAACCCUGAUCCUGAACUGCGUGAACCCAGACAACGAGAACAGUCCGGAGAUUCCGGUGAAGGUGCUCAACUGUGACACCAUCACACAAGUGAAGGAGAAGAUACUGGACGCUGUUUACAAGAACAUGCCCUAUUCUCAGAGGCCACGUGCUGUCGACAUGGACCUCGAGUGGCGGCAGGGGCGAAUGGCUCGUGUGGUGCUGCAGGAUGAAGACAUCACCACCAAGAUAGAAAACGACUGGAAGAGACUCAACACUCUCAUGCACUAUCAGGUGUCAGACCGCUGCGUCGUCGCUUUGGUGCCCAAACAGACCUCAUCGUACAACAUCCCUUCCUCAGCCAGCAUAUCCCGCACCUCCAUCAGCAGAUAUGAUUCUUCAUUCCGCUACACGGGCAGUCCCGACAGCCUCCGCUCACGUGCUCCCAUGAUCACGCCUGAUCUAGAGAGUGGCGUGAAGGUGUGGCACCUGGUGAAGAACCACGAACACGGCGACCAGAAGGAGGGAGACCGCGGUAGCAAGAUGGUCUCUGAGAUUUAUCUGACCAGGCUGCUAGCUACCAAGGGUACACUACAAAAAUUUGUGGACGAUCUCUUUGAGACGUUGUUUAGUACAGUUCACCGAGGGAGCACUCUUCCCCUCGCCAUCAAAUACAUGUUUGACUUCCUGGACGAGCAGGCAGACAAACACGGCAUUCACGACACGGACGUACGUCACACGUGGAAAAGCAACUGCCUUCCACUGCGUUUCUGGGUGAAUGUGAUCAAGAACCCACAGUUUGUGUUUGACAUCCAUAAGAGCAGCAUCACGGACGCCUGUCUGUCUGUAGUGGCUCAGACCUUUAUGGAUUCCUGCUCCACUUCAGAGCACCGCCUGGGCAAAGACUCCCCGUCCAAUAAGCUGCUCUACGCUAAAGAUAUCCCCAAUUACAAGAGCUGGGUAGAGAGGUACUACGCUGACAUCAACCGGCUGCCAGCCAUUAGUGACCAGGACAUGAAUGCCUAUUUGGCAGAACAGGCCAGACUCCACUCCACAGAGUUUAACAUGCUCAGCGCUCUCAAUGAGAUCUACUCUUACGUCAGCAAGUACAGUGAGGAGAUCACAGCGGCCCUGGAGCAGGACGAACAGGCGAGGAAGCAGAGGUUGGCCUACAAGGUGGAGCAGCUCAUCUCUGCCAUGUCUCUCGAGAGCUGAGAGUGGCCGCAACUCAACGAGAGAGAGAACGAGAGAGACAGGACCACAGUCUCUUACAGGACCUCCUCGAAAAAAGGUCCAGCAUUACUUACCUCUCAUCGUGGGAGCUUCAACCACGAACCAGACCUGGGACCUCUCUGCAUCCACAGCCGGACAGACAUACAACUGCUUUAGUUUGUGAUUCUCUCACCUCCUUCCAUGAUGGCGCCAGCUAAGGGCCCGCGGACUGCAACAGAGGCCCUGCAGCUGGAGCCGAUAAUGGCGUAAGGAAGGAACAUCAGCAGAGGAGGCAACAACAUGGCUUGUAUUUAUUUAUUUUUUGUUUGUUUCUUUUUCUCAAAGGAUAUUUUCUCUCAGUUUGACAGGAAAUUGUAUGUCGCGUGGGGGAGGGGUGUGUGUGUGUGCGCGUGUGUGUGCAUGAGUGUGUGUUUGUGUCGUACUGAGGAAGACUCCUGCAAAGUCCACGAGAGCGAAUGGAGGAACAGAUUUAUUCUCCACUCAGUCAGAAACUCACAUCUGAGUGUGAAAUGGAGACAAAAAAAAAAAAAAGGCGAGAAGCAGAGAAGCAGCUCUCACGUUGGACAGCUGAGUUUGCAUUCAGAUUUCUCAGAUUUUAUUUUUGUACUUGUACAUUUGAAUAUUAUCAGUUGCAGUUGAAAUAUCCACCCAGGAUCCCAGAAGUGUUGUUGUAUAAAGACAUAAAGAGCGUAACGCUUCAUCAGGGCGGUGUGGUGGUGAAAGCAGGCCAUGGUCCAUGUCUUCUCUCACUCCUUCCCUCUUCGAACUGAUGCUUCACACGACACGGACAAAACCUCUGCUCUUUAUCCAAUCAGAAGUGUACAGGAAAACAUGAAACUCGUGCUCAUCAUCUAAGAGUCGACGGGACUCCGCUCGUGGUGGUCACAGUCCAGCCAGCAUGCUUGCACCUAAACCUGAGGAUGACGGAGAUGAUAGUGUAUUUUAGGAGAUGACCUUAAAUCAGCAUCAACCUGGUGUCCAAGGCUUUUUUUCAGCAGUUAGGUCAUCUGUGUAUGUACCGGUUGCCAAUCAGUGUAUGUGAAUGUACAAAUGUUUUUUAAUUUGUUUGUUUGUAUGUCUAUUUGAGUUGUGCAAACAGAAAGGGGCUCAGUUGAACUGAGCUCCGUAGAUAUUUGCAGUAGCUCGUCAAGUGAACAACUCCAUUUGUCCGUCCUGGCUCCAGCCCGUCCAACUGCUUCCCAAACAUUAUUUACUCAAAAUCACUUUCUGCUAGAGGAGAGUGUGUAUCGUCCGCACUGUGGCUGUCACGGCUGUGACUCAGCUGCUCACACGGCGCAGUACAUGCAGCUAGCAGUUAAUAGAGACCAGACGAGGGCAAUUUGUCUCCGUAGGCUGAAACUCUCCGUUAUAUAACCACGGUUUGUAUCUCUUUGGGAACUUGAUUGACUUUAUGUGUACUUUGCAUGCAUGCUAUCACACAUCUGAAGUGUUCUAAGGGUCCAUCUUUGAUUUUUAUCAAGUGCCAAUGAGUUGCCCUGGCUCUUGUUGGCUAGUUUUGAUGUUAGCUGAUGGGAGAUCUUACCCAACCACCACCCAUGUCCUCGCACAGACAAUAAGAAGCUUAGCUCAGUGGGUUUCAGCCCAGCCGGCAGAAGAAUAUAUGAUGUUGUACGUUCCUGCAAACCACAAAUACAUUACAGUUGUAUCAACAUUCCUAAAGUGGCAAAGUAUACUACAUGACUUUGUCACUGAGAGGUGAAAGGGAUGGUGGAUUGCGUGACACAAAGGCGAGACUCACCUGCCAAGCUGUGUUUCCAGCGGCUUUUUAGCCACUCAGCUAUGGAUGUUUCUAGCAAACUGUCAGAAUCCACUUUGGAUCGUGUCACAAAUUUUUUUUACAGACAUGGACAACUUCUCCAGCCAUGAUUGUGCCACUACAACCGGGUUUUUAAAACCCAAAUAUGAUCUUUUCCUAACUAUAAACAUGUGUUUUUUGCACCUAAACCCCACCACACGUUUACCACAGUGUUGUUGAAAGGUAAAGAAACAUAAAGCGUCACUACUAUCCGUUUCAAAUAUUGUAAAUGUCACCUCAGACUUCCAUGUGUCCUUUGCGUUGGCACAGAUUCAGCCACUAGAUGGCAGUAGAGGGCAAGGGCAAAAGAUUUAGACAGCUACAAACAUGUCGACGGUGGAGGAGGUCGUAAUAAUGUAGAGACAGAAUUAUUUCUACUUAAUUACUGAUUCGUUCUGCAAUUUUUUAAAUGUCUUCGUCGUCUCUUUCAGUGGGGGCAUUGAACUACGCUACACCGCCCACCGAUCUUCAGUGAUACUGCUCCAUUUCAUCCGUAUCAUCCGAUUAAAUGAACGCAGAGUAGGGCUUCCUCUGUUUCCAUGUAUCUAACAUUGAGCAUCAGAUCAGAGUUGUGGUUACCAUGUUUACCCCUGCAACCUUGUUUCACCACCGGGUUGGCGUUACCAGUGGUAAUUGCGAAUGAACGGCGUUGCAGUUAGCUCCCAUCUGGCCCAGGUGGUGCACAUGGCAGAGCGGCCAAGUCUAACGUUAGCUAACCAUUGGAGACUGGAGGAUGGGCAGUGGGCGCUAUGCUUCUGCAUUCUAACGUAAUUAGCUGAUUGUUAGCAAACAGAAAAUAAAAUAAAAGGCAAGACAUGUACAUCCCAUAACAUUAAAAAGAACGACAACUCUAGGUCUGAAAGCACCCUGAGUCAAUGGAGCGCCACAUUUUUUCUUAAAAAUUAGUGGUUCGUUACCAAUUAAUGGGUGUCGGACUGUCAGAAGGAAAAUCAACGGAAACUAACAUCCCUAAUUGUAACCAGAAAGGAAACAGUUAUGUCUAUUUUACGACUGAUAUUUCAGCAGUUUCUUUUUCUUCUGUUCAGAUCACAGCGCCCCGUCUAACACACAGAUGUAAUGUAUCUGUGGUUUGCAGAAACGUACAAUGCCAACAUUUUUUCUGGCGCUUGGGUUGUGGGUUUAGUUUGACUAAGUGCCAAAAGAUCCUGUUGUUUCCAAUAGCUCAUUAAUGUGUCAAAAAUCGGUUUAUGCUUUACAGAGGGAGCAAAGCUCUCAUUUUGGAGUGUAGAGCCGGUUAAAGUUGAAGCUCAUGUAACUGGAACGGUGAGUUCUGAAACUCAUGAAAGGUACGAAACAUAAGCAGGAGGACAGAGAUCUGGGAACGAGGGACAAAACAUGAAAAACGCAUAAAAAAUAAGUAUGUUUCAUGUGACGUGGACGCGUCUCCUGACUGAAACCAAAAGUGAAAAGGCUGAUGUAACCUUCCGACUUCCUAGCUGGAUGACAACAAACUGUAGAUUCCAUCCUCUGGAUCGGUAAUUUCAUUUUCUUCCGGGAUAUGUGUUUGCUUGUUGUUUACAUCAAGUACUUGAAAAUAGGUAGUAUUAAAGGUUUGCACAGUAUACUGCAGUUGUGUGUGUUGAGAGCAUGACAAACACCAGUAGUGGGUGAAAGGUGCUUCUUCUCUCUGUGGCCUUAGAUACCCACCUGCUCAGUGUUCCUGAUCUUAUUAGUCCUCGACUCGGGCACAGUCCUUUCAGCGCUCCGGAGCCCAAUAGUUUUUCGGUGAUACCCAGCACCGGCGCUCUGCUGAGAACUGUCUUAGCGAGAUAAAGUAAAAAGGGAAGGUGAAGAGGGUACGGCCGGGCUCAGGCAGACAUUGCCUCGCUCAGCACUUGGCUCGCCUGAGCUGUUUGAAGAGAAGUGUUGAGAAAUGAGGAGAGAGGGAGAGGUAGAAAGAGAGAGAACCCCUUUAGCUCUAGUUUCCUGCUCCGGCUUUGAAGCUGCUCUUUGAUCUGAGUCAGUUGUGCGCACAGUGUGAUCAGGAGAUGGAAAGAAAGAAAAAAAAAAAACAUCAAACUAACAGGCAAGGAGAAAUGUAGGAUGAGGUGAUGAUUGACACGCUAUUACUGUGUCCGGCCAGUGGGGGCAGAAGUGGGAAAAUAAGUAGUUGUAAUUUGUUCCCUCAUCUGAAAAAGCACCUUCUCGCUCCCUGACCCCCGUCUAGGUACACAAUGGCGCACAUAUACAGAACAUACACGAAACAUAAAGCUUCUUCCUUUUUGAUUAAGGUGUCUUCCCAAUCUCAGCAAAUAGAAAUGUAUCCUCCUCAUACCUCACAUUGCUUGUAUGGAGUAAUGCUUUUUAUCAUUUUAACAGGACCUAAAUGCCUUUUUUCCUUUUUGCAAGGGAUGAAAAACAAAUGUAUGUUUAUUAGAGUCUUUCCAACUCUCAGAUGAGCUCCCCUGUAUUCAGAAAAUGUGACGAACGUAAUCAGACGCACACAAAUUGGUUGGCUUUGAUUUUUCUCCUCUCAUUUAUAUCAGGAUGUUUCCUUUUUUGUCUGGCGUGAUUUUUGCAUGCAUCUUAAUUUAGUUCUGCCUGGUAUUCCAUAUCGAUCCACGCCGUCAUUAGCCUAACUGCAAUUUUCCCGAAAGCCCAUCUGUACACGUCUUGCAUCACAGCUGAAUGCACCUUUUAUUUUUUUCUUUGUGAAAGAGAUUUUUUUUGUGUUUCCAUGCUGUACACUCAUUUCUGGGAACAUUUUGAUUCAGUUUGAACUGAAAAAAAUAAAAGUUUGUUUACUCUUUCUGCAGCGCAGAAUCCCAUUUGACUGCCAGUUGUGUGAGAGAUGGAUAGAUGCUCAUGAACACAACCUCAUUUCAGCUCCAGCUGAUUGCUAAUUGAAGAUGCUUUGUGCACUUUUUUAUGUUGCUCUCGGUGUAACGUGUUGCCGAAGAGAUGGUGUUGUAGUUUUGACUGGCACGUGUCAUUCCUUAUACGAAACAAAGCAUUUAAUCAGCAUUUUUUUUUUUUUUUUGGUUUGCUUUACGGCAUCUUACAGACGAAUCAAAAUCCCGAUCAGUGUAUCAAGAUAUCACCGAGUAUAAAAUGAGUAUCCUUCCAUUUUAAACACAUUGUAAACAAACCCUUUGUAGACACUGGAGUUCUGUAAAAUAGUAAUUACUGGCAAUGAUGAUGAUGACGAUGAUGAUAAUAAUAAUGGCUGUCUGUUCUUCUUGUUUUAUAAAAGUGUUGUGAAAAUUGUAAGAAACUUUAAAGUAUUUAAAAAAAGGUUGUUCUCUUGGUUUUUUUAUUUGCUUUGAUUUUGUUAUAAUAUAUUAUUGUGUACCUAUUGUAAAUAUGAAGCACACCUAUUUUGCAAGCCAAGGAUUCACUUUGUACUGUUGUUAUAUAUAAAUAAACUUUGCUGGUUAAAAAUUGC